AUGUACAGUUUGGUUAACACCAAUUUUAACAGAACUUAUAAUCCAAGUGGACGACAAAAUGCUUUAUCGGAUAUUAAAAAGCUACUUACUUCCCGGGAUACAACUGCACAAAAUAAGGCUUGUGGAUAUUUGAUCGAAGUUAUUAGCCGUUACAACAAAAAUUCAAAUGAAGGUGCUCGUAUGGUAGAAUACUUACUCGACAAUGACAUAACUGUGUUCCUGUGUGAAGCUACCUCAAACCUAGAUUUUACGCUGUUUAGAUCAAUCCUAUCAUGUCUCCGGCUUCUAUGGCGUUCUCAUCAGUUCUUCGCGGACGAGCACGCUGCUCACGCGAUGACAGCCGUGUUGCGUGCGUUAGCGCACUACGCAGGGAGUGGUUCCAAGCCUCCUGUGGACGCCUGCCUGCACUUCUUAUGCGAUUUGUUGAAUGGGGUGUCUGUGAACAAGACUACUCCCCCUCUGUCACACCAAAGCGCUUAUAGCGCUGUACAACUUUUAGCUUGUCUAAACGCUCUGGCUACUCACAUCAGUACAAACCCAAACACCAUUUUAUCAAGCGCUUUAGUCCUUCACGCGCUGAUUUCCUACCAACCGGAGAACUUGACUAUAAACACGAAUACAGCAUCAGCUUUACUGGAAGUAUUGAAGAAAUGGUUAAGCUUGCUCAUGGGAACGUUGAACCACUCCAUGCUGGUAGGAGACAAUGGAGUUUCUGGAAUGUUCUACGUCGUCAUUUGUCAAAUUGGUCUGGAUGUUUUUGGGCUAAUAAAACUGGUCGGUCGGGAUCAGAAAGCGGACUUUGUGCAGACGAUACUGAGCGAUGAUCAUGAGAUAAAUGCUUUGAGGCAGUGUGCCGGGCAUAUGGGAGAAGCUGUUAGGCUUGUAGUAGCUGAACUAAUUACAUUUACAAAGGAACAUCAAAAUCAAAUUUCUACAGAAGAAUACAACGUAUUCCUAAAGUUAUUGUUGAUAUUUUUCUACGAUAAUAGAAACAAUGAGUAUUUGACAGAUUUCUGUGACUUGCUAUUUUCGAAAGGAUAUUUAAUGAUGCUGCCACAGGUGCAAAUAAAUAGAAACGACGUGUCUGUACGCAAAGUAAGCACACUAGUGCUUGGAGAAAUGCUAAAGGUUCUAGCUGAAAAAUAUCUAAACGUGAACGAUAUACAGAAUAGUGACAAUUGUGCUAAAGAUAUUCACGUAAGAACAAUCUAA